GUACCUCCACCCACCCAGCGCCGACUCACCGCGCCGCCCGCCCCUAGCCCCGCCGCGGCCGCGAUGCUGUACCUCCGAAACCACCUCCUCCCUCUGCUCCGCGCCGCGUCCCCGCUGUUCUCUCCCAUCCACCACCACUGCCGCGGCGCGUGCCUCCUCUCCGCCUCCGCGGCUGCCCCCUUCUCCCUCGAGGACUACCUCGUCGCCGCCUGCGGCCUCAGCCCAGCGCAAGCCCGCAAGGCGUUUGAACGGGCAUCCAGAGAUGCCAGGAAACCAUUCGUCGCCGCCGCCUCCAAUCCCGACGCCGUCCUCGCCCUGCUCUCCAGCGCCGGCCUCUCCCGCGCCGACAUCGCCGCCGUCGUCGCCGCGGACCCGCUCAUCCUCCGCUCCUGUGUAAACAAGAUCGGGCCCCGCCUCCUCGCUCUCCGCGACCGUGUCGGCCUGUCCGCUCCGCAGAUCUCACGCUUCCUCUUGGUCGGCUCCCGGGCGCUCCGUUCCGGCGACGUCGUUCCCAACCUCGACUUCUUGAUCUCCUCCUUCGGCUCGCUCGAGCCGGUCCUUGCCGUCAUGAAGGGGAACACGAGCAUCCUCGAAAGGGACCUUGAUAGGGUGAUCAAGCCUAACGUGGCGCAGCUUCGCCAGCGCGGUCUAAGCGCUCGAGAGAUUGCCCAGAUGUGUUUCUACUGCCCGUGGCUGAUUGGGUUCCAACCAGAGCGCGUCAAGGAUUUCCUGCUGCGCGCAGAAGACCUUGGGGUGUCCAGCCGAUCGCCCAUGUUCAAGCACAUGGUACCAGCGAUGGCCCGUACCAACAAAGAGAAGAAUGCUGCCACGCUCGAGUUUCUCAAGACGAGUCUUGGUUGCUCUCAGAGUGAAGCUGCCUUUGCUGUGUCCAAGAUGCCAGGCAUUCUAGGAAUAUCUAAUGAGUGCCUUCUCCCCAAGAUUCAGUUCUUGAUCAACGAGGUUGGACUGGAGCCACAGGACAUUCUGCACAGGCCUUCCCUGCUCACAUACAGCCUGGAGAAGCGGCUAGUGCCCCGAUAUUGUGUCAUGAAGAUCCUGCUGGCAAAGGGACUGACGAAAAGCAAUUUUAUCACAUUAGCCCAAGUUGGAGAGAAGAAAUUCAGAUCGAAGUUCAUUGACCAUCACAAGGACUCUGUUUCUGGGCUAGCACAUGCUUAUGCCACAGCUAGUGCUGGCCUUGUGCCCUCUGGAGUCUAAUCUAAUUAUGACAUCUUGAUAUAUUUAGAUCCAUUUUAUCUUCUAGGCAGGUGGUACCGUGGUAGGAUUGCAGCUCACACUCAUUAGCAAGUGUCCAUAGUGCACUCUUUCUCAAUUCUUGGUUCCUGCAAUUGAACCACUAGUGAUGUUUGACUGCAUUGCUCAAGUUAUGUUAUGGUUAUCUAUGAAGGAACUGGUUUGACUUA